UUAGACCACUAGAAGUCUAAAACGAAAAGAAUACUGAAUACUAUUCUUGAAAUCUCUCCUUUUAAUACCCUCCUAGCUCCAAAAUCUCUCCUCCAACGCCACCGCGAACCCCACCGGAUUCUACAGCACCUCAGUCUACGACAGAACCCUUAAGAAUACCUUUAACGCGUACUUCCUCUGUCGCGGAAAUCUAAACAAUACUGCUUGCCAUACCUGCGUGUCGACCGCGGUAACAAACAAAUCAAGCUGCCCCUGGAGCGUAAGAGAAACAAUAUAUUACAACAAAUGUAUUAUCAGGUACUCUAAUGACUCUCUAAGUGGAGUAUUGGCCUUAACCCCAUCUUAUUCCGAGCAAACUGGGGGUACACCUGAAAAUAGAUCGAGAUGAUUGGGAACAACUAUUAGGGAACACCUUUCACCCUUUGGCGUCUCAAGCUGCAAAUGAUCCAACAGGACGAAAGUAUGCGGCGACAACGGUUAGAUAUAAAUAUAUAACGUGUUAACAACAUUGUAUGCUAUGGCGCAAUGUAAACCUGACUUAAGCUUGAUUGAUUGUCAAAAUUGCUUGAAUAAUCAAAUCUCCAACCUUCAAAUGAGGGCUGGUGAGAGUUAUUACACUCCAGUCUGUUUUAUUAGACACGAGAUAUAUCCCUUUUUCGAGGGUGCUGAUUCUUUGCCACCUACAAAUGUCAAUAAUACCGGGAUCAGUAGCAAUGUUGUACGUGCAGGGAAGAAUAUAUCAAGCAGCUUGAUCAUAGGAAUUGUUGCUGCUGCAGCUGCAGCUGUUAUUUCGGCGAUAUUAUCUCUUGUAGUCAUGUUUUUAAUCAUGAAUAACAAGGUUAACAAGUGUUACGGGUCGUUUUGUACCGCACGUAUCGUGGUCGGUUCCUACAUUCAAGGAGCCAUCAUCCCCACUUCAUGCUUGUUGGACAAGGUCAAGGAAGCUAACAAGGAUCAAGCGAACAGUUAGAGAAGAUCAAGCGAUCAGGUGAGAAGAUCGUGGAGGCGGUUGAGAGUAUCAUGGAACAACUAACAACAUGAUUCCGUCUUCUAUGCUAGACCUAGUACUAUAUAAAGAUCACCACUCUACAAUGAUAAGGGACGGCCGAGACCUACGAUAAAAUCCACACUUCUCCAUUAUCUAUACCUCCGUCUAAAGAUAAGCCCAACUACUUACUACUAUUGCCUUUCCCAUAAUCCAGUAACAAUGAAGCCAACUAAUCCCCAUUCU